UGUAUCAGAAGUGCAGAGGUCCAGUCUUCAGUGUGUGACAGGCAGUAGUAAUAAGACAGGAGAUCACCGGAUCACCCUGCAUUACGGCAGCAGCCAGCGUCACCUCCACACUUCACCCUACUGCUACACCAAUAACCCCAAUAUCACCUACGCCACGCCAGCCAAGAGCUUUGUGGAUGGUGGUCGACUGAUCUAUGUGUCGGGCCACAAUUUGGACGUGGUGCAGGAGCCCCGGAUGGUGGUAACAGUCUCUCCCUUUGAGUCCAUAAGCCAGCGCAAAAUGAGGAGGAGGAGGAAGAGGCGGAGUACAGAGAAAAGGGAGGACAGAGAGGGGACACUGGGAAGGCCAGUCAGGAUGCUUCUUGACCCUGUUUGUCCUGGAGACCCACUCUGCUCUGUCAAACAGUUCAUGGAACGCUGUGAGUUGAACUCCUCUUCCCUGAUCCUGUGCCGCUCUCCGAUGGUAGACUCCUCCAUUUGGGGGUCAAAGAUCACAGUGGAGUUUCUGCUGGACAAUCUUCACUUUGACUUCAACAGUUUGAACCCCCAAGGCUUCAGUUACGAGCCCAACCCUGUCCUACGCCGCCUGAACCAACAGGAACCUCUGAAGGCCUACCGUUACAACCCUGGCAGUUUCAUCCAGCUGGAGGGAGAAAACCUGGACCUGGCCAUCACUAAAGAUGAGGUGGUGGUGUUGGUUGGGGAGGGUGUGUGUGCUGUGAAGACUCUUACCAGAAACCAUCUGUACUGCGAGCCACCACCUCAGCAGCCCCCACCAGGACCCAAUGGGAAGAAACGAGAGGGCUCUGACAAUCUUCCAGAGUUCACUGUCCAAAUGGGCAACCUGAACUUUUCUCUGGGUAAGGUUGUGUAUGACAACCUCAGCCUAACCACCUUCCCCCUGGAGGCUCAGAUUGGAGUUGGAGUCGGGGCAUCCAUAGUGGCCCUCAUUGUCCUCAUCAUCGUGCUCAUCUACAGGAGAAAGAGUAAGCAGGCCCUGAGAGACUACAAGAAGGUCCAGAUCCAACUGGAGAACUUGGAGACCAGUGUGAGAGACCGCUGCAAGAAAGAGUUUACAGACCUGAUGACAGAGAUGAUGGAUAUGUCCAAUGACCUGGUGGGCUCAGGUAUCCCUUUCCUUGACUACCGGAUGUAUGCCGAACGCAUUUUCUUCCCAGGCCACCGAGAAUCUCCACUGAGGCGAGACCUGGACGUUCAGGAGUGUCGGCGGCAGACCGUGGAGCAGGGCCUGGUGCAGCUGUCCAACUUACUCAACAGCAAACUCUUCCUCACAAAGUUCAUUCACACACUGGAGAGCCAACGGACUUUCUCUCCCAGAGACCGAGCCUAUGUGGCCUCCCUGCUGACAGUGGCGCUUCAUGGCAAACUAGAAUAUUUCACUGACAUCCUCAAAACUCUCCUGAAUGACCUGGUGGAGCAGUACGUGGCCAAGAACCCCAAACUGAUGCUGCGACGAACAGAGACGGUGGUGGAGAAGCUGCUGACCAACUGGAUGUCCAUCUGCCUCUACACUUUCCUCAGGGACUCAGCAGGAGAGUCUCUCUACAUGUUGUUCAGGGCCAUAAAGCACCAGGUAGAUAAAGGACCAGUGGAUGCUGUAACCAGCAAGGCCAAGUACACCCUCAAUGACAACCGCCUGCUGCGAGAGGACGUGGAGUACAAGACCCUGACUCUGAAUGUGUUAGUGCAGGGUGGAGGAGUGAAUGAGACCCAGCCGCUGCCUUCCAAAGUGUUGGACUGUGACACCAUCACACAGGUGAAAGAGAAGCUGCUGGAUCAGGUGUUCAAGGGCACCUCAUUCUCCCACCGACCCCACGCUGACUCACUGGACCUGGAGUGGAGGUCUGGUGUUGCCGGACAUCUCAUCCUGUCAGACGAGGACUUGACCUGUGUGGUUCAGGGCAACUGGAAGCGUCUGAACACACUGCAGCAUUAUAAGGUCCCAGAUGGUGCAACAGUAGCGCUGGUCCCUCGUCACAACAAACACAUUCACCACGACAACCAUGACUAUGUACCAGGAGAGAAAACACCAAUGCUGGAGGAUGCAGAUGAAGGUGGAGUGCGGCUGUGGCAUCUGGUGAAAGCCAGUGAGGAGCCUGAGCUGCCGAAACACCGCAGAGGCAGCUUGAGGGAGAGAGAGAGGGCCAAGGCCAUCCCUGAGAUCUACCUGACCCGCCUACUGUCCAUGAAGGGCACAUUGCAGAAGUUUGUAGACGAUCUGUUCACAGUGAUCCUCAGCACCAGCCGUCCUGUCCCACUGGCUGUCAAAUAUUUUUUUGACCUGCUGGACGACCAGGCAGGACAACAUGGCAUCUCCGACCCUGAGACAAUUCAUAUUUGGAAGACCAACAGUCUCCCUCUGCGCUUUUGGAUCAACAUUGUGAAGAACCCUCAGUUUAUAUUUGACGUCCAAGCAUCUGACCAUGUGGACGCCGUGCUCUCUGUCAUCGCCCAGACAUUCAUGGACUCCUGCACCAUCGCUGAGCACAAACUGGGACGGGACUCUCCCAUCAACAAACUGCUGUAUGCCAGAGAUAUCCCCCGAUACAAGCAGAUGGUAGAGAGGUACUAUGCUGAUAUCAGGCAGACCAUCUCAGCCAGUGACCAGGAGAUGAACUCUGCUCUGGCUGAACUGUCCAGGAACUACUCCGGAGAGCUUAAUUACCUGGUCGCACUGCACGAGCUCUACAAAUACAUCAACAAAUACUAUGACCAGAUCAUCACGGCGCUAGAGGAGGACACCACAGCCCAGAAGAUGCAGCUCGGCUACAGGUUGCAGCAGAUCGCUGCUGCUGUGGAGAAUAAAGUCACUGACUUGUGACAGAGGAAACACCCACUGAUGUUAGAGCAAACAGAGGGAGGUGGGAGUAUGGGAGGCAAAUUAGGAAACUUGCAGCCUGCAGGUUGAACUAAAAACAGGAGAUCAACAGAGAGACAAAUGGCAAGACAGACAGACUCAUCCCUUUGAGGAGGAUGGGAGUCGAGGGGCUGUGAGAUUUUUAAAGAAAAAUUUUCAGAUCAGAAGAUUGAAGUUGGCAUUAAAGUUAAUAUCCCAGCAUAUUUUGUCCUUCACUAAGGAUGCAUCUGUGCAGUCCAAAAGCUGUGAGGCCCUCUGUUGAAACAGGGCAGCACAUGGACACCGAACAAACCUAGACAAAGAAAGAAGACAUGUAAAAGACAUAAGGCCUGCUACGAUACUGUUUAUGAAGAGACAUUUGGAGGGAAACCUGAGUGUUUUAUUAUUACAAAAUGUGCUGACUUCAAACUUUCUUUUCCUACACAGCAGCUCUCAUGUAUAAGAAACCAGCUGAUCCACAGGCAGCUGUCUUGAUCUAAAGACUAACAAAAAAGAGGAUUUUAUGUCAUUUUCCUAUUUUGGAGUACAUUUUACAAAAAGGUACCUCUUAUGCCUUAUGUGGGUGUCGCUGCUGUAUGGUCAGAAGUUAUUUUUUGUGUGUGCGUGAGUGUGUGUGUGUGAGUGUGUGUGCGUGUGUGUGUGUGGUUGGUUAUCCAUAUUGCUCUGGUUGUACAUCUUACCUUUCUGGUUAAUAGUACAAAGUUUUGAAGUAACUGAUAAUUAUAUUUUGGAUGUUACAGCAGUAUUUUGAAGAAUACAGUGAACUGAUUUUUAAGAUAACAUUUUCAGAUGCUCUAGAAGGAAACCUUGGUCACAACAUUGUUUACUUCACUUAAAAGCAAAUUACUGAGAGUUUUAGAAGUCAGUGCUACUCUCUACCGUGCUUACUGUGCUGCAUCAAUUGCUCUCUUUUUCUUUGAUGUUAUUGCCCCAACAAAAACACUACUAUGUACCUUUUAGCCAGCUGAAACUACCAGUACAGCAGCAUAGCUGUUCUAACCUCAUACACAUAUACAGUAACACCUGCUGGACAUCUCAUUUGGACUGGUUCUCUCUCACACACACACACACACACACACACACACAGAUAUUUCAGACAUUUCUAGUUUAAUAUUUUCUUUCCUUUGUUAAAGAUUGGAAGUCAGAACCUGCUCUGUGGGGCAUUUUAAGGUACUAAAAACCAGACUAAGUGACACGUUACUCUGUUUUCUUUCCUGUUUUAUACUUUUUCAUGGCGAUGUGUGUAUUGUGUACAAGUCACUGGAAAGAUGUUAUAGGAAAAACAAAAAUCCUUCCAUAAAGAAAUUCAUAUUAAGUGGAAUCCUAGUGUGUGCUGUACUGUUUUAUUGUGUAUUUCUAUCUUGUACAAUUUUUAACAUUCCUUUUAGGUUUUGAACAAUGUAUUAAAUAAUGGUUCACCUUGUUCUAUUCCUAGCCAAGGCAAUGGUACAUGUUGAAAUUUUUUGGUAUUGACAUCAUGGUUGGAUUAGAGUUUUUGUAUUGAAGACAAGCUGUCACUGCUUCACGUGCUGAAGGUCUGUGUGGCAUUUUUGUUAUGUCAAGUCAUCACAGUUUAUGUACUGAUUAUCCUACUACUGGUUCAGUAGGUAUAGUGGUCAACUAUAUGAUAAGGUCAUUAUCACAUUGUUCUGCUUUCAGUAUGAGCACAGAGACUACAUACAAAAGUUAAUGUUUGCUGAUGUUUUUCUUAUUUAAAUGACAGACUGACAUGCCCUCUUAGUGGUUAGAAGGGCUGGGAAUGGUUUUACAUGCAUUGAUGCUAAUCUUGUGUCACACUGUUUCCACUUUAAGAAGUGUUUCCUAUAGAGCUACCCUUUGUGGUUGUGGUUUGGGUUACAACUUAAUUUAGGUGAACUUUUAGGUUAUGGUUAGGGAUCAAAGAUUAUUGAUUGGGUUUUGGUGAAUGCAAGAGGAAACCCAUGUCGACUGGGAAACAGACUUUGAAACAGCGCAGGUACCAAUAUGAUACCAUAGUUUCAGCAUCAAAAUUAAAACUUCAGUAUCGUAUUUUGCAGAGUAUAUACACAUUUUUCAAAAAACUUCUCAUUUGUUUAAAUCAGUAGAGUCUGAUGUAUACUUAAUAAAAAAACAGCUGCUCAACAUUUAAAUUACACUAUUUAUAAGAAGACAAGAUUCAAAAUCUGAUGAAAAUUGGUGCAAACUUUAGUACUCGAGUUAAUCAAUACUCAAGUCUGUGCUAUAGACAGUUUAAUCUCCACUUAAUAAGUAAUGAGGUUUGAUACCCAGCCCUAGUCAUCAGUGACGUUUGUCAGUUGAGUGUGUCAUUCCCAGGUACAGAAACAGCAUGUCAGAUUGUAGCUCUAUAAUUUUACCACUACACAAGAGGCUAAUGACUCAAAUUAACAGAUGGUUUGUUCUGUAAUACACUGUCAGUUCAGAUAGGGGUAAAAAAAAUCAGUGCUGAUACAGUCAAGCCAUCUGAGGGGAAACUGAAACUGUUAUUAGACUGUAUAAAUUUGACAAUGUAGAGGAGGCUCUGCAAGGAAAAGAUUUAAGGAUAUUUUCUUAUUUUGUGUUAAUAACACUGAUUUAAAAAUUAAUUGUAGUGAUUUAACAUGUUUAAUAACGGGUGCAAACUCUUACAUAUGCUGAUGUAAUAAAGAUUUCUUAAAAUUA